CAUGCACAUCGUUUCAUAAACAAAUCAAUCCUCAUUAAUAACUCCCUUAAUGGCUCUCUUGGCUACUGUCACUGGAUUCGCUACAUUCGGCGUCGCCGCUCGUGCUUUCGCUUUAACUGUUCAACGCCGCCCCAUCGUAAGCGGAUUUGUUGGAUAUGGCAUUUCAGCGACUGCCUUCGGAGGCCUUGGAUAUCUUGUUUACGGCAUUGAGCAGAGACAGAAUAAAUUAUUGAAGGAACGUAAGGAGGCAUUGACGGCCAACCGUGAGAGAAGACUUGUUGCUCAAGAUGCAUGAUAAGUCAUAUUCACUGAGAUAUCAACAGAUAUGAACAAUUAAAUGUUUCAAAGAGCAAGAAUAAAAAUAAAAAUAAAAUAGUAAAAUAAUG